GACAUGUUCUGCGAUCUCAAACAGGUGAUCCAGGUAUGUUUACUUUUAGACCAGGAAGAAGCAGCCAAGGACGGAGAUGAAAUGGAAGAAGAGCAAAUUAGGGCUGCCUGGAAGAAGAUUCUGGCUGACUGUGAUGAAAUCACUCAUGCGCGGUACAAGUGGACGUUUGAAUAUGUCAUGGAACACACCCCUUAUCUUGGGACUCUGAUUGGCUGGAGGAAAAAACGCGAGGAGCUCACGCAACUCAUUGGCGAGGUGCAUGCAAAACAUGAUAACAUGAUAAAUCACACGCGCUCUGAGGAUGCAAGUUGCCUCAAGUCACGCAUGGGCUCAUACGCAGCCCCAAACCCCGACAAAGACGUUGUCCACCCUCCAAUCAAUGACAACAGCAAGAGUCGUGCCAAAAUGGGAUUCAACCAUGUCCAGCUGGGCAAAAUGCUUUGUCCAGCUAAAUAUCGGGCCGACUACAUCAAGGAUCCA